AUAGCUUGUGUGGUGGUUUGGCUCAAUAUACAACUUUGUAUAGCGCCGACACGUCGCAACGAAGGAGGCGGUCAUGAGCGUCCUGGACCCGUCGAAGGACAAGCUGGCAUACUUCAAGGACAACAUACAGACGGCAGAGGACCAGGAAGAGUUUGAUGCGAGCCAAUACUACUACAACCGGCAGGACGGGUUCUUCAAGCAGAGCCCAGGCAUGGGAGGUACGCCUCGGGAACGCAAGCGGUGCAAGCUCAGUUGUUGUCGUGCAAUAGGUGACCCGAGCCAAGCGGGCUUGCAGAUGGGCAUGCAGCCGGGCGUCUACCCUGGCUACAGCAGCGGCGCUGCCCAGCCGCAAAUGGCGUCGUUCCUAGCGGCGACGUCAACCGGCAUCGGUAUGGGCUCCAUGGGGAUGGCCGGUAUGGGCAUGGGCGGCAUGGCUGGCAUGGGCAUGGGCAGCGCCGUAAGAAGCGUACCACCGACGACGCCGACAGCGUCGGGUUUGAUGGACAACUACCUGGCGUCGCGCAUCGCCGAGCCGGCUACGACUCCCAUCACCAUGGCCACCAAAGUGCGGACAUUCGAAAAGUCACCCGACAUGUCGGAGUUUCCGGCAUUGACUGCGCGGAGUAGCUCGGUCGAUGAAAACUCGCCUGCGUUUCGGCAAAACUCUGAGUUUGUGAUUCAAAAAGAGGACUUUCCGGCGCUCUCGUCGUUUGGCGCCGAGGGUCGACCGACGGAGAAGGCUGCGAACCAAGGCAUGUCAUCGUCGAACGACGCGAUGCUGCAGCGCACGAGCCAGCCGUCGACAAGCAGCACGUCAUCGUCCAUUGGGUCCCGCUCGGGCACGCACGUGAACGCGACCUUUGCCAACGUCGGCGGUUUCCAGUCGGCCAACAACCUCGCGGUCAACUCGUUCCCGCCGCUGCACGCAAACGACGCCAAGCCGCACCCGUCGUCGCGACCGUCGUCGUCGUCGUCGGAAGAAACGUCGCGCUUUGGCCUCCUCGGCAUGCUGCACGUCAUACGCGCGACCGACCCGGAACGCAACGUGGCGCAGGGCUGCGACCUCACGUCGCUGGGCCUCAACCUCAACUCGUCCGAACCGCUGCACCCGACGUUUGCUUCGCCGUGGUCAGACACGCCGUGUACAAAGGAGCCGCAGUACACGCUGCCACUUUGCUAUUACAACCAGCCGCCCGUGCUCAAGACGUCGCACCUCUCCAAGUUUCAGCUUGAGACGCUCUUUUACAUCUUUUACUCGAUGCCCAAGGACGUCGUGCAAGCGUACGCAGCCCAGGAGCUCUACCUGCGUGAGUGGCGCUACCACAUGGACCUCAAGCUCUGGUUCAAGCGACAGCAGAGCGAGUCGGCGGCGCUGCAGUACAUAUACUUUGACAUCAACACGUGGGAGCGGCGUCUCUUUGGCGGCAACCCGAGCGCGGUCAGCGCCGGCUUUAUGACCGACGACGACGUCCGAGUCAAGUUUACCCCGACGCCGUAG